UGCCACGUGUUUGCCAUUAGCAUCAAUCAUGCCAUAACCAGAAAAAUUACAUUGCAUUUUUUAUUUUAAAAAAGGUGGGGGCCAGAGUGGACCUGGGCCUUUUCCAACUUCUGAGAGGUCUCUAUUAUUAAGUAAGCCUUAAGAAGCGGAAUUCCAUGAAGGGAGCUAGGAAACCAGGAUUUUCCAAAAGGAAGUGGCAUUUGCACUGAUCGUGGUAGGGCAGCCUGGAAUUCCACGGGGUUGGGGUGGCGCCUUUUCCAAGGCAGUCCUGGGCUUGCGCAGGGCUGCGGCUGCUCUGGGCGUGGUUCCGGGAAACGCAGCGGCGCCGACCUUGGGUCUCGCACAUUCUUCACGUCCGUUCGCAGGGUCACCAGGAUCUUCGCCGCUACACUUGUGGGCCCCCCGGCGACGCUUCCCGCUCCGCCCCUAAGUCGGGAAGGUUCCUUGCGGUUCGCGGCGUGCCGGACGUGACAAACGGAAGCCGCACGUCUCACUAGUACCCUCGCAGACGGACAGCUCCAGGGAGCAAUGGCAGCGCGCCGACCGCGAUGGGCUGUGGCCAAUAGCGGCUGCUCAGCAGGGCGCGCCGGGAGCAGCGGCCGGGAAGGGGCGGUGCGGGAGGCGGGGUAUGGGGCGGCAGUGUGGCCCCUGUUCCUGCCCGCGCGGUGUUAGGCGUUCUGCAAGCCUCCGGAGCGCACGUCGGCAGCCGGCUCCCUCGUUGACCGAAUCACCGACCUCUCUCCCCAGCUGUAUUUCCAAAAUGUCGCUUUCUAACAAGCUGACGCUGGACAAGCUGGACGUUAAAGGGAAGCGGGUCGUUAUGAGAGUCGACUUCAAUGUUCCUAUGAAGAACAACCAGAUAACAAACAACCAGAGGAUUAAGGCUGCUGUCCCAAGCAUCAAAUUCUGCUUGGACAAUGGAGCCAAGUCGGUAGUCCUUAUGAGCCACCUAGGCCGGCCUGAUGGUGUCCCUAUGCCUGACAAGUACUCCUUAGAGCCAGUUGCUGUAGAACUCAAAUCUCUGCUGGGCAAGGAUGUUCUGUUCUUGAAGGACUGUGUAGGCCCAGAAGUGGAGAAAGCCUGUGCCAACCCAGCUGCUGGGUCUGUCAUCCUGCUGGAGAACCUCCGCUUUCAUGUGGAGGAAGAAGGGAAGGGAAAAGAUGCUUCUGGGAACAAGGUUAAAGCCGAGCCAGCCAAAAUAGAAGCUUUCCGAGCUUCACUUUCCAAGCUAGGGGAUGUCUAUGUCAAUGAUGCUUUUGGCACUGCCCACAGAGCCCACAGCUCCAUGGUAGGAGUCAAUCUGCCACAGAAGGCUGGUGGGUUUUUGAUGAAGAAGGAGCUGAACUACUUUGCAAAGGCCUUGGAGAGCCCAGAGCGACCCUUCCUGGCCAUCCUGGGCGGAGCUAAAGUUGCAGACAAGAUCCAGCUCAUCAAUAAUAUGCUGGACAAAGUCAAUGAGAUGAUUAUUGGUGGUGGAAUGGCUUUUACCUUCCUUAAGGUGCUCAACAACAUGGAGAUUGGCACUUCUCUGUUUGAUGAAGAGGGAGCCAAGAUUGUCAAAGACCUAAUGUCCAAAGCUGAGAAGAAUGGUGUGAAGAUUACCUUGCCUGUUGACUUUGUCACUGCUGACAAGUUUGAUGAGAAUGCCAAGACUGGCCAAGCCACUGUGGCUUCUGGCAUACCUGCUGGCUGGAUGGGCUUGGACUGUGGUCCUGAAAGCAGCAAGAAGUAUGCUGAGGCUGUCACUCGGGCUAAGCAGAUUGUGUGGAAUGGUCCUGUGGGGGUAUUUGAAUGGGAAGCUUUUGCCCGGGGAACCAAAGCUCUCAUGGAUGAGGUGGUGAAAGCCACUUCUAGGGGUUGCAUCACCAUCAUAGGUGGUGGAGACACUGCCACUUGCUGUGCCAAAUGGAACACGGAGGAUAAAGUCAGCCAUGUGAGCACUGGGGGUGGUGCCAGUUUGGAGCUCCUGGAAGGUAAAGUCCUUCCUGGGGUGGAUGCUCUCAGCAAUAUUUAGUACUUUACUGCACUAGUUCCUGUGCACAGCCCCUAAGUCAACUUAGCAUUUUCUGCAUCUCCACUUGGCAUUAGCUAAAACCUUCCAUGUCAAGAUUCAGCUAGUGGUCAAGAGAUGCAGUGCCAGGAACCCUUAAACAGUUGCACAGCAUCUCAGCUCAUCUUUACUGCACCCUGGAUUUGCCUACAUUCUUCAAGAUCCCAUUUGAAUUUCUUAGUGACUAAACCAUUGUGCAUUCUAGAGUGCAUAUAUUUAUAUUUUGCCUGUUAAAAGGAAAGUGAGCUGUGUUAGCUUAGUUCUCUUUUGAUGUAGGUUAUUAUGAUUAGCUUUGUCACUGUUUCACUACUCAGCAUGGAAACAAGAUGAAAUUCCAUUUGUAGGCAGGGAGACAAAAUUGAUGAUCCAUUAAGUAAACAAUAAAAGUGUCCAUUGAAACCGUGA